ACUUUUUAGAAACCUGUAAAGUAUAUCAAUAAGUGCAAGAUGGAAACGCUGUUAGGUAUCAAGGGUCCCGAUUUUGUUAUGCUAGCGGCAGACACAACUCAUGCUCGUUCCAUUAUCGUGAUGAAAGAAGAUCAGAACAAAAUUCACAAGGCGUCGGACAAUUUGCUUAUUUCAACGACUGGCGAGUCGGGCGACACUGAGCAGUUUACCGAGUUUAUCUCUAAGAAUAUUGCCCUGUAUAAAAUGCGCAAUGGCUACGACCUGAGUCCUCGUGCGGCAGCGCAUUUUACGCGUAAAAAUCUGGCUGAUUACCUUCGCAGCCGCACUCCCUACCAGGUCUUCAUGUUUGUCGCUGGGUAUGAUGAAACUGACGGUGCCGAGCUGGCUUUCAUUGAUUAUCUGGCCAAUGCAAAGUCUCUGAACCACGCCGGCCAUGGUUACGGUGCCAUGUUCUGCUCCAGCAUUUACGAUCGCUACUGGCACCCCAAUAUUACCCAGGACGAAGCAUACGAUAUCUUUAAGAAGUGCAUUGUGGAGAUCCAAAAGCGUCUGGUCGUCAAUCUGAAGAACUUCAAUGUCUCUGUGGUGGACAAGAAUGGUGUUCGCAACCUGGAACCAAUCAGUGCACAGAGCCUGACCGAUUAUAAUGCAUCUAGUUAGGUUUUCAGCAUUUAAAAUGCAACUUUUAAAAUAAAAAUGCGCCUGGGUUACUGGCUUCUUUGGUACGAAUAUACAUAAAAA